UACGAGUACAUGGCCAAUGGAAGCCUCGACGACCGCCUCUUCCGGCGAGGAAACACGGCGCCGAUCCCAUGGCAGCACAGGUUUCGCAUCGCCGCCGAGAUAGGGACAGGUCUCCUCUUCCUCCACCAAGCAAAGCCGGAACCUUUAGUCCACCGUGAGCUCAAGCCGGCCAAUAUCCUCCUCGACCACAACUAUGUCAGCAAAAUAAGCGAUGUCGGACUCGCGCGCCUUCUUCCACCUUCAGUUGCAGACAAUGUUACGCAAUACAGAAUGACCUCUGUUGCUGGAACAUUCUGCUACAUUGAUCCGGAGUACCAGCAGACUGGAAUGCUUGGAAUAAAGUCUGAUAUUUAUUCUCUUGGGAUUCUGUUAUUGCAGUUGAUCACAGGGAAGCCGCCAAUGGGGCUUACAUACCAUAUGGAGCGUGCAAUUGAUGAUGGGGCAUUUAAGGAGAUAUUGGAUCCGGCAGUGACGGAUUGGCCGGUGGAGGAAGCUAGGAGCUUGGCUCGCAUGGCGCUUAGGUGCGCGGAGUUGAGGAGGAAGGAUAGGCCGGAUCUGAGCAGAGUGGUGUUGCCAGAGCUUAACAGGCUGAGGAAGGUGGGGGAGAGGAAUCUGCAGAGUUGCGCCGUGGGAAAUGGAUUAUAUGCGUCACCCGCGGAGUCUCAGAUCUCCAUACAGGCAUGUUCUUGA